AUGAAUAAAAUUCUAGCAUUGUGUUCAAACCUGGAGAAAAGAGGUAUAGAAACUCCAAGCGUGUGCUAUUUAUGUCAUCAAGAGGCAGAGUGUGAAGAGCAUUUAUUCAGAGACUGUCAGCUAGUUUCCAGAGUGUGGAUAGCAUCGUGGUUGGGUGUUCAAGCACAAGGUGCUAUUUAUAUUCCCUUGAAAGAGUGGAUUUUGAAUUUUGUGAAUAAAUUCUGGAAGGAGGAUGGACGGGAAAGUGAGCGUGGAGUAUGGUUGUGUGCAAUACUGUGGGCAAUAUGGAUUCAUCGGAAUAAUGUUGUGUUCCGAAAAGAAGAGCCUAAUCCUUAUGAGAUUCCGCGCAAUGCAGAAGAGUUGGUUGCUCAAGAGAAGAUGAGAUUGGAAAACGGGAAAGCCAAUAGGAUCAGUAUCUCAAGGUCAGUAGAAGAAGAUAAGGUUUCAAAGUUCACUUUUGGGAGUUGUGGAUGUAGAGUUUGUGAGAUUUCCGUGGAUGGAGCAUGGAAAAAAUUUAAGUGGGCAAACGGUUCAAGAGCAGGUAUAGGAUGGACAGGUAGGGUGAAUUCAGUGAUUAUAUUCAAAGGCUGUGCAAUGGUAAAGGAAAAUUCAGCAGUUCAGCAUGAGGGGCUAGCGAUUUUAAGAGCUCUUGAGGAGGCGCAUGCUCAUAGGGAAAAAAAGGUCAAGAUUCUUACGGAUUCCGAAGUGUUAGUACAAGCUCUAAGCAAGGGGACAACACCUUUUCAGAUUGCUAGUAUAUGUCAAGAUAUCUAUGAGGCUUGUAAGUUUUUUAACUAUUGUGAAAUUAAGGUUGAUAGAAAGAUAGUUAGGGAUAGUCAUGAUCUAGCUAUUAGAGCUCGACAAGGUCUUGUUAUUUGA